AUGACAGUUUCACUCGAGGGUGCAAAAGCCAGAGCUGGUGGAGAAGAUUCAAUGGUGGUGUGGCCGCUUCGGGAGUUGGAGAUAUUAGAGACUGGACUGGAGCAGCCAGCGGUGGUGAGAAGCAGAGUGGAAACUGUCGGUGGUAAACUUACAGGAACUGAAGCCGGAGGAGUUGAAGUAGGAGCCACCAUUGGAGCUGGAGAUUUAUGCUUCGUUGGUGAAGCAGCAGCCGUCGAAGACUGGCCUCCAUCACCAGCCACCACAAUGCAGAUCAAUGACGCUCAGAUUUCGAUAGACCAGUCGUCGCAACUAGAUUUCCGACGACGUCACGUGCGGCAAAGAGAUAGACGAGAGAGCGACGAUGACAUGAAGUACGGCGAAGAGAGAGACGGGAAAGUGGCACAGAACUACGGCAGGAGGAGAGUUAUAUCAAGGCCAAAUGAAGCACGCUCACCUCUCUCCUCCACUAAAGAAAAUUGUAGCUUGCUCAUUCUCUCACACUCUCUCCUCUCUCAACCACAGGAGAAAAUAGUACCUAACUCCUCAAAAAUCUUAGAUCUUGAAACCUCGAUUUCUAUGGAGUCUUACUUUCUUGAUGAGAUUGUCCACCACAGUUGGUCCAGUGGGCUUCUCGACAUGCAGCAUGAUAUGGAGGCUUUGAAGAAAUUGCAUGGGCAUUAUUGA